AUGACAAAUUUGUACAUGUUCUUGAUAGCUAAUGCAGUGAAAAAACGUUGGUCGUCAUUGAGAGACAUGUUCAAUAGAGAACAUAGAAAGCAAAAAUUGUCACCAUCUGGAUCAGGAUAUAAUUCUAUCAAAGAAUGGGAACUGUACAGAGUAAUGCUUUUCUUGACUCCUCAUAUAGCUCACAGACGAACAAAAACGUCAUUAUCACUAAGCUGCCCAACAGAAUCCUGCCCAAUAGAAUCUUGUCCAACAGAAUCAGAAAUCGAAGAAAAUAAUUUUUCAUUGUCGGGCAAACAUCUCAGUAUAUCAAACUCUUCUACAACAGUAAAUCAUGAUUAUAGUGGAAAUGAAGAAUCUAUGAUAGCCACUAACAUGCAGAAUGAGCCAAACACACACAUUGAAAUAUUCAGCCGACCUUCUAGUGCAUUGUCUACUUACAGUAGUAGUAGUAGCUCGCAAUUUCCAACAACAACAAGCACUAGUUCCAACUCUCAGAAUUUAAGAAGUUCUUUCUCAUUUAAACCUAUUAAAAAAGCUAUGCCUGAACCGGAUACCUUUGCAAAGCGACGAAAAAUUAACAAUCAGCUAAAUGAUCAACAAUUAGCAGAAGCAAGUUCUGCGAUAUCUGAUGCUGUAAAUUCUGUUUCAUCUUUAAUUUGUAAUGAAAAAGAAAAUAAAAAUGGUUACAUGUUAGCUGUAGAAGAAGGUUUGAAACAUGUGCCUCAUAAACACAAAACUCAAUGCCUUAUAGAAGAUAUAGUAUUCUGA